AUGCUUGAAACUGAGCACUUGGUCUUCGCACUUGGUAGUCACAACUGGCAACAGAGCUCGCAGUUUACUACAGGGUCAGCCAUAGUGCACGAGUUACAACACAGAGCCUUGAAUGACCUGCCAGGAGUGAAAUGCUAUUCUCUGUGGCCAUCAAAUGUUCUCAAGUCACCAGUAGAUAGAGAUGAUUACCGUGUUGUCGAGUUGAACCACCCGGUGCCAAUUUGCGAAGGAGUUCACCCGCAGAGCUCGCUUAGAUUCCACUCUCUGAGUACUGACCAGUUUUCAAGUUACAUGGAUCUUCUGGUUUCAAAAUCGGCCGAAUACAUAAAUUACAUUGAGGAGAAACAUGGGAGACCAGUGGAAUUCAUGAUGGCCCAUCAUGUGUUCAACAAUGCAGUGGUUCUAACCGAAGUGAACAAAAGGAGGGAACUGGAAGGGAGAAAGAGAGUUCCCCUGUUUGUGUUUGCACAUGGAACCGGAUUGCUCUUAUAUUUGAAUGAGCUGCAACAGAAUCCGGAUUUCCCUAUUCGCUUCUAUCCCUGGAUUCGAGAAGAAGUAGAAUUAUUCGAAAACAAUGAACUAGUCCAGGGAGUUUUUAUGACGAAACUUCAAGAGUCGAAAUUCAGCCAACUUUUCCCAAACUUUCCAACAAAAAAGAUCAAAGUUGUCAACCUAGGCUAUGACCAGAGUAUUUUCCGAAAGAUUGAUACUUCAGAAGGCCGAAACAAACUCGCUUCGAACUGGAAUAAAGUUUUGUAUGAGAAUUGCGAUAGUUCUAACUUUCCAGCUAUGAUUGGCGACAAAAAAGGAUUACCCAAUUUAGAGUCAUUUGAACACAUCGUAGCGUUUUGCGGCAAGCUGGAUGAAAUUAAACGCCUGGAAGUUUUAUUGAAUGCUUCAAAACUGUGGGAGAAUGAAGGAAGAUCCAUUGUGACACUAAUUGCCGGAGGCGCCAUGAAGGAGUCAGUGAAAACAUACGUUGACAUGGCCUAUGAAGACUUGCGACUGCAGAACACUUACUUUCUUGGACCUAUGGGUCAACUAGAACUGGCCAAGUUAUUCAACAUUACAGACGUUCUUGUACUUCCCAGUAAGAGUGAGUCAUUCGGCAUGGUUCUCAUUGAAGCGCUGGCAUGUGGAGCCUCAGUCAUUGGCAUGGAGUCAUGGGCACCAUUUGAUUUUCACAAAGAAAAUGUUGGAGUGAUGCUAAAAGACGGAGAAAACACAGACGAAAUAGCCAGGACAUUGCACGAUGCAGUAGCAAAAUCAGUCCACGAAAAAGGGGAUAUAAACAGACGCGACCACUGCGCACUGUUCGCUUUGAAUAAUUUCAGUAAUGCACAGAAAGUGAAAGAAUUGCUAGAAACUAUGAAAAAAUGGGAACUGUAUUAA